AUGAGCACUCCUCGGCGAGCACCACGAACACCACUUUUUGCUCCCGGAAGCUCCCCUCUUGCAUUCCCGAGUUCUUCGCCCACUAAGACUCCUCGGAGGAGGGUCGCGAUCGACUCUGAUCCAGCCUUUCCAGACUCUGAGCCUCUUGCCUUUCCUUCGAGUCCAGCCGCUGCUUUUGCUACGCCUGUCAAGAACCGUCGCGGAGACAUUCACUCUUCCCUUUCUCUAACACCGACCACACGGCGAUCGAGGCGUGGCGAAUAUAACAACGAUCUCAGUGAUAACCUCAACUCAGAUGGAACGCACCUUUCCAUACCAGCAUCAUCUGUACCGCAUCUAUCAGCACCUGCUGCGCCCUCAGAUGAACCCGACGAAAUCCGCGCUAUCUGGGGAACUACCGUGAACUUGGCAGAGACGAUGAAGCUCUUCCGCGACUUUUUGCGCGGCUUCAAGCCCAAAUACCGUGCCAUUCACGAUCGCCAAGAGAACCUUCGCACUCGGGCAUUUGCCACCCCAGACGAAGGCGAAGUCGUACUAUAUGAGACGUACAUGCGUCGUAUCCGCCAGACUGGCGAAACAAAUCUCAACCUCGACAUGAUCAACUUGCUUUCCUAUCCGCCAUGUAAAAAACUUUUUGCCCAACUCCAGAAAUACCCGCAGGAAGUAGUACCUGCAAUGGAUCAAAUCCUCAAGGACCUCAUGCUCGAACUUGCAGAUGAAGAUCAACAAGCUGGCAUGGACGGGAUGCAGGGCGACCAAGGCGACGAAGAGAUCGCCGACAUCAUGGGUAAAGUCUACAAAGUCCGUCCGUUCGGGUUGACAGCCGUGAAUAUGCGUGAACUCAACCCAUCUGAUACCGAUAAACUCAUUUCUAUAAAAGGCUUGGUCAUUCGCGCUACGCCUGUGAUUCCAGAUAUGAAGGUCGCGUUCUUCCGCUGCCUCACAUGUGCUCAUACUGUUCAAGUCGAAAUCGACCGUGGCAAGAUCGAGGAGCCAGCUCGGUGUCCAAGGGAUGUCUGUGGAAGCGUUGGGACGAUGUCUCUCGUGCACAAUCGCUGUGAAUUUGCAGAUAGGCAGGUCAUCAGGCUGCAGGAGACUCCCGAUGCAGUACCCGAUGGCCAGACGCCACACACAGUGUCACUAAGCGUAUACGAUGAGCUCGUUGAUGUGUGCAAACCGGGCGACAGGGUUGUCGUCACUGGCAUCUACCGCAGCGUCCCUGUCAGAGUGAACCCUCGUCAAAGGACAAUGAAAAGUUUAUUCAAGACCUACCUCGAUGUCGUUCAUGUCCGGCUUGGUACGGGUGGUACUCUAGGCCUCGAUCGCAGUACACGUCCUGCGGGUGGCGACAAGGUCCCUGGUAUAGGUGGUGUUGGUGAUAGUGCCGAUGAUCAAGAACUGGAAGAGCAAAUUGCCCAAGGGGGGCUAACACGCAAAGCCGAACUUGAGGCGAAACUAAUCGACAUCAGCAGGCGGCAUGAUCUCUAUGAUAUCCUUGCUCGUUCCCUCGCACCGUCGAUAUGGGAAAUGGACGACGUGAAGAAAGGUAUACUCCUUCAGCUCUUUGGUGGUACCAACAAAAGCAUUGCAAGAGGUGGUGGCGGAGGCGGACCUCGCUACCGUGGGGACAUCAACGUGCUUUUGGUCGGUGACCCCGGUACCAGUAAAUCACAAAUUCUACAGUACGUCCACAAAAUCGCUCCUCGUGGAGUCUAUGCAUCUGGAAAAGGCUCUUCGGCAGUGGGUUUGACCGCGUAUGUGACCCGGGACCCUGAUUCCAAGCAGCUUGUCCUUGAGAGUGGUGCCUUAGUGUUGAGUGACGGCGGCGUCUGCUGUAUUGAUGAGUUUGACAAGAUGUCCGAUGCGACCCGUAGCGUCCUUCAUGAAGUUAUGGAACAACAAACUGUGUCAAUAGCCAAAGCGGGCAUCAUUACCACCCUCAACGCCCGUACGUCUAUUCUCGCGGCUGCGAACCCUGUCGAAUCAAAGUACAACGUCGACCUCCCUAUCACGCGCAACAUCGACCUCCCUCCUACGCUCAUCUCCCGUUUCGAUCUGCUAUAUUUGGUACUCGAUCAAGUAGACGAAACCCUCGACCGAAAGCUUGCCCAACAUCUAGUUGGGCUGUACCUCGAAGACGCACCCGACACUGGUGGCUACGAUGUUUUACCCCUUGACGAGCUCUCCGCGUACAUCGACUAUGCACGCACGAACAUUCACCCCGUCCUGAGUUCUGAAGCAGGCGACGAGCUCGUCGCUUCUUACGUCUCCUUGCGCUCCAUCGGCGCCUCAGACCCCCGCUCGUCUGAAAAGCGCAUCACGGCUACAACCCGCCAGCUCGAAAGUAUGAUCCGCCUUUCCGAGGCUCACGCCCGUAUGCGCUUUGCUGCGCACGUCGAGUUGCAGGAUGUACAAGAGGCAUGUCGUCUCAUGCGAGAAGCCAUCCGCACGAGUGCUAUGGAUCCCCGGACUGGCAAGAUCGAUAUGGGUUUGCUGAACACCGGUACUGGUGUUGGACAACGCAAGAUGCGGGAUGACAUGCGCAGAGAGUUGCUAACGAUGCUUGAUGGUGGCGCUGGAAAGGGCAAUGGCUUGAAAUGGGGCGAGGCGAUGAAACGCCUUGCAGACCAGAGUAGUAUCCGUGUUGAUGCUGCUGAGUUUUCUGAAGUUAUCAAAGCGAUGGAGAAUGAGGGAGUGCUGACUGUGGUUGGAGAGCGGGAUAGGAGGAUGAUCAGAAGAGUUGAAGGAGCGUGA